GUUUUGACCCUGUACACAUGGAGUAGAGCAAGACGAGGAUGUUUACUCUCUGAUUUCGCCUUUUUAAAAAAUCUUGUUUUUAGCUUUAUUUUAAACAUUUGAAUCUUUUAGACUUAACUGUUGUUUUUAGCAUUACGAUUCCACUACAAUGGCUACAGCCGCAACAUCAACAUCCACGUCGUUGCCCAUCCCUUACUCGUCGUUGACGACCUCGGCGGUUAAACUAAAACCACCAAUAACCUCAGAACCACACCCACGAACCACAGCAGCAUCGCUAUCAGCAUCUAUGUCAUCUGAAUCAACGCCAGCGCCCACAACGUCCGUCAAAAGAACAUAUGUACAGAGUGAAGGUUCUUCGAUCUCAACCGCUCUUGGAUCUAAGAAUAAAAAGGCCAAGACAACCGCUACCCCACCAUGCCAUCUAUAUAGAAUAGUGAAAGGCUCGUCAAAGACUGAAAUUGAAUGUGUUGAUUUUUCAUUUGACAUUUGUGACUUUAUGUCAAGGCUAGCUCUUUUUCCAACGGAGAUUUUGUACGACGGCCUCAGCCAAGACGUUCCUGACUCCCCUGACAACGGUGAUGACGUCAAUGAUUUUCCCGCCAUUACUGACAGCACAGGGAAUCGUGACUUCGAGGCUGAUUAGUUGUUUAUAAGAAGCUAUACAGACGAUUCGAGUUCCAACAGCAGUUCUAAUAGUUUGGUUGGCGAGAGUAAUUCUAAAUUAUCAUUGAAAAGUUACAAGUGAAUUGCAUUCAGCUGAUGCUGCGGAUAGGUCACGAGCAUUUUGAAAGUAUUGAGUACAAAUUUCACCAACAGCUUGUUCAACAGUAUCUUUCUUGUCAUUCAAUUAGUUAUCAUCAGAUGUACUGUCCUAUAGUUAGGAUCCAACACAAUCUAUGCUGUCCUAUAGUCAGUAACAAGCACAAUCUAUCCUGAGCUAUAGUCAGUAACCAAAACAAUGAGCUAUAGUCAGUAACCAAAACAAUCUAUCUUGUCCAAAGUCAGUGACCAACACAACCUAUCUUGUCCUAUAUGCAGUGACCUACCCAGUAUUAUAUAAAAAAAAAAGCAAUUUAUAUCUAAACCUCCAUAUUUUUAUGCCUACAUAUAAAAUUCCGAUUUAUUUACUAAAUUAAAUUUUUAAUAAAUGUGUACAUUUUUAUUACAUAAAGUAUUGUAGUAGUAAUACCUUAUAAGUGUAUUUGCUUUAGAAAAGUCUGUAUUUUUUAUUUCACUGAA